AUGAUCACUGGAAACAAUUUGAGAUUCUUCUACCGUUCCCCAGGAUUUUUUAAGGCAUAUGGAGUUUGUGUGAUCUUCUUCAAAUCUCUUACGGCUUCAGUUUACUUUGUUCCCCAUGGUGGUGGUUUUUUCUUGAGCAAUUGGGAUAGAGGACACACAUAUCUCGAAAGUUUAACAAUUCUUGAGCAACAUGAGGAUGAGGAUGAGCCUUUUGGAAUGGAGAAUUUAUCAUCUUUAAGAAAAUUAUUUAGAGGUCUCCUGUCUCAUGGCUUCCAAAUACUUAUUGACAUGCUAAUAGAUAUGAACCAGAUGGAAGAAGCUGCAACUACAGCUGGGCAAGAAUUAUCAGCAUUUGAGAGUGAGCGAUGCCCUAUUGACCAACAUUCUAUUCAUCUUAUACAAAUUAGGGAUCCAAGUAUAGAUAAAAUAGCCUUAGAACCUGAGGUCAGGAUUAAGGAUACUGAAUAA